AAAUCGGGAAACACGGGAAAUGGCCAUACCCUCGGGAGUAUUCCGGUUAAUCCUGGUGGGUGAAAAUCGGUGGAGUCGCUGGUGUCAUACGCGCUCGGGGCAAGGCACGGUGCGUCUCCACCAUUUUAGAUUUUCGUGGAAAACCGGCAACGCUCCGCAAUUACAUUAAUCGUAGGAACUACGAAAUGAUUAAGCGGGCCUUCACAAGCAAGAUUAUAACGAUGAACUUGCAUCAGGGUGUUUUGUGCUGCUAUACCGGCCCUAUGUUUGAUCCAGCCGCGAAAUGUGUCAAUGGUUCUUUCUCACUUCUUGUAUCCUAUCUACCAAUCUCUCUUUCCCUAUACCUUUUUUACUCAGCCGCUAUCUUUUUAUUUGUCUGCCUCUCUUCGUUUUUCCCAGAUUUUGUAUUCAUGGAGAUCUAUCUUUUUCAUUCUUUUACUCAUUCUAAGGAUAACUUUUUAUAUAUUCUGGAAAGACUAACGCUUUACUAUUUUACGUGUGAUUUCCAUCCAUUCUUUAAUGUUUAGUUCUACCUUGUUCUAUUCUUCUUUAUUUCUUUUGAUACUUCAUCUGGCUAUCGAAGAAUUUUGAAAAACAACCUUUGUUUUCCGAGUUCUAUACUCAGGUUGGACGAGCAUAAACGUAUGUCGCAUGUGUCACAAUUUUUACAUGCGGAAGUGCAUGUAUGACCGACGUUCAUUUUUCGAAUCGAUGUCAGUAUGUAUCACUGCUUCCUUCAUUUCUUAAUUUCUUUCUUGCAUAUUUCUUACACUUUUUCUAUCGUAUUAACAAAUUUUUUUUAAAUAUUCAUUGUACUCAGGCCUUUUGUAGUUCUUGUACCAGACAUUGUUACUAGAGUUUUACCUUCAUAUAUUUACGUUACUACCGUUAAUUAUCAAAAAUAUAUGAUUGAAAAUUACAUAAUUUCUUGAAUUUACAUGAUUGUAAUAGUUUGUCCCCUUUGAGCAUAAAAAUCCAUUUAUGCACACUUUUUAUUGCUUAAAUGUAUCUUUUCAUGCAAGUAUGUUAAGGUUUUAUGGAUAUUUAGUGUAUUAUUUUUGUCUCACUUCUGGGGGUUAUUGGAGAUUUAUAGUUUCUGGACCAAUUAAAUCUAUUGUUCACAGUGGUAACUACUUGGUGAGGGUACGGGCGCAGGUGAUGACACGGGACGACAGCUCUGGUGGUUGGGUACCUCUCAGUGGUGGAGGAUUGGCUAAUGUCUCAGUGAGACGAAGGACGACCUCAGCUGCUGGUGCCCAUCAACCUGGCGGUACCAAUGGUGCUGGUGUUCCUAUAGCUACUGUCAAUCCUGCGCCCUCAACCACCAAUUCGGUUCACUCUACCGCGAGCUCCGCCGUCGCUAGCCAAGGACAUGGAUCUUCCAGUACUUCACCACCUGGAGCAGCUAAGAGGAGGCAUGAGUAUCUCAUUUAUGGAAAACGUAUUACAGAUCAAUCGGUCGUUCUUAGCUGCACCAUCAAGAAGGACUUUGAGUAUAACAAGGUCAUGCCGACCUUUCACCAUUGGCGUACCGGUGAGAAGAAGUUCGGUUUGACCUUUCAAACUGCCGCCGAUGCAAGAGCCUUUGACAAAGGCGUUCGCACUGCAGUCGAGGAACUGCUGGAAGGAUUGGCCGAAUCUACUUUCUAUGGUUGUCAUACAGACGUCGGCGACGAUGAUGUGUUUAUGACGUUAAAUUUACCGGUGGAGCCACCAGAUCCACGCCAGUCCUCGGAGACGCCUCGAGGAGUAGUUCGAAUGCCGAAUUAUCAUUCCCAAUGUUCGGAGUUACCUGAUCCUCAUAGACCGAUACACAUCAUCGGAGGACCUUCGGUAAAGUUACCCCCGUCGCAUCAUCCUCUGGAAUCUACAGCGGAUGUAGGCUCCGACAAUUACCCUUACGUGCAGCUGACGACGCUCAACCACGAGUAUAUGUAUCCCGUGAUUGAAGAUCGCAAGGGUGAGAGAUGCGACCGACGUAAUUCUGCAAGUUCUCUGAAGAAGCCAGAUGUAAUAGUUUCUCAACCUAGCAAGAGCACGUCAAAGAGAAAUGUUCGAUUGCUAUGUAAGCAUUGCCAAGAGCUAUACUCAGAACAACAUAAUCCAAGAGGAUCCUGCGAGUAUGCGCCAGAUCCGGUUAAACGUGGUAUUGCCACGAUAUCUUGUCUCUCCUGUGCCCAAUGUAUGCUAUACCAUUGUAUGAGCGAUGCGGAAGGUGACUUUGCGCAGAAUCCCUGCAGCUGUAGUACCGAGGAAGGUUGCGGAAGACGCUGGUUCGGGUUAGCGCUAUUAUCGAUGAUUGUACCCUGCCUCUGGUUCUAUCCGCCGUUACGUGCCAUACAUUGGUGUGGGAUGUCCUGCGGAAUGUGUGGUGGACGGCAUCAUCCCAUGGAAUAACUGGAGGAGCCCUUUGAUAUCUCUGCACCGUUCUCAGUGGAGACUUCCCGACUAAGAUCUUCGCGAUCCGUGGUAGCAAACGUAUACGAAUGCCACGACCUGAGUAUGGGCCGGUGCCAGAGAUAUCAAAGGGGUAGACAGCUCCCGGUACACGCACUGAUACACCAGCGCCAUCUAUGAUCAAGUUGUUGAAAUCGCACCGGGUACAUGACCAAUACACUUUAUUUGUCGUAAGCUUCUGUUUACCUGAACUACGGGGUGCGCCAUUCUGGAUGACAGUUAAAAUGACGAUGGAGACAUGGAUUCAAAUAGUGGAAUAGACUUUGUAAUGGCAAACAAAUUCCAAGUAUUUGCGAUGCACUACGUAGCUCAAGUAAUAUUAACAGAAUGGAAAUGAACUGUUAAUCAUUCAGCUCUAUUUAUUCCUGUGCAUUGGGAGGUGUACUACACGAGAUACAUGCAUCAGUGUUGCCUUAUGUAAGAAACUGCAAUUAUACGUGGUGUACCUUAACGUAACUUGAGAACUACCCCCGAAAGGUCUGUUUUAAACAAGUAGGAACAUAGUGAAAAUAUUUGGAAUUAAUUCUGCAAAAGAAUCAUUCGGAACUACACACUAAAUGCUCAUUGCUAGGAUAAUUCUAUUAUAGCCAAAGCUUCUCCUUGGCUAUUUAAGGUAACCGUUCAGAGUGAUUAAUAGUUGGUUCUACAGGUUCCCAACUGUGCAAGGUUUAACCAGAGGAAUGAAACGUGAAUGCAAGCGAUGGCAUUGCCAUUACAAAAGAAAAGAUGUGGGUCCGGCAAAUCGGUGCAAGGUUUCAGAACAGACUUUGAGAAAAGGAAAAAGGAAUCUAAUUUGCAGUUUAAGUUAUAUUUAUAAGAAACAGUCAGUUUUUUACAGGUAGAUGUUUCGCGUUUUCGGCUUGAUCCUUAGAACGUACGAUCGUAGCGAAUAGUUCGAGGGAAAAACGAUACUUACCAAAGUCUUCGGGAAUGUCGACAGGACCUUUAGAUGAUUUAUGACGUUAGUGUUGUGUCGACGUUUCUGGAUUUGUCAUUAUUAUUUUAAAUGUUAAUGAUUAAAGCGACAAACUAAACACGUAACCUGUAUAACCUCAUUAGAUGGAAAGGAAUCCCGUAGCCAUAGGAUAAAAUUUUUCUUUUGCUUUUAUGCAGUAACUUGUAGCUCCUGAGAAUUUGGGUAACUUGAAAUUCGAUAAAAUUUCAAAAGGCUACAGCGGAAAUAAAAGCAAGAUAUAAAAAAGAAGCGCUUUAUAAUUGUACGCAAAGGAGAGAAAUCGCAAGCUAAAAAAAGAAAGUGGAAAAGUAUAUUCAACGAUUUACCUCCUUUGCCGUUUAUCUAAAAUUAUUUUUAAAUUCAUCUCGGCAUAUCGCGCGCGUGCGCCUGACACUCCAGUGACAAAAAGAAAAAGACAAACGGGCGCCUACCUUAUUGCGAAUGUCUUUUGAAUAACUUGGCGUGCCUAAAUUAAAAAAAAUAGAGAUGACGCUUCUUUAUAAAGUUGCAUCGCAAAUAUUGCACGUCCAAACGAAAGCGUCGUUACUCUCCCGCGAUGUGCCAAGAGUCUUUGUUGUUUUGUUAAGGAGGUUCGGUGAUGGCACAAAAUCCAUGAUAAAAUUCUGCAUUUGUUGUAUAUAUUAGACAAUAACGAAAUCUUCAUCUAUGCAAAAUUAAAUAUAAUUUACUGUAUAGUUUUUGAGAUAUAAAAAAAUCUAAAAGUUUCAAUUGCCACUAUAUAUACUCAACCUAUGAAAAUGAAUAAGGUCAAAAUUCAAUUUAAGUAGAUUUUAAUUAUUUGCGGUUUGAACGCCGAGGGUAUCUUAUAUUUUCACUCAUUUAUUUUUGAACCAAAAAUCUUGGAAUGUUUUUUACUCUCUGUUUAAACUGUGCUUCCCUAUUACUAUUAUUAUUAUCAUCAUUGAACCUCCUUAAUUUCUAUUUUUUACGUGAAGUCUGAUUUCGUUGAGACUCAUUUGUGCGUUAGAGAAAUUUAACGUAGGAUCAAAGAGAGACGAAAAAUUCGAAACGUGCAACUAUUGUGCGUACCGUAAAACCUGAAAUGCAAGAGAGCAAGAGAAAAAAUCUUAAAAGAAAAAAGCAAAAGAACGAAAUUGAUUUGUUAUAAUAAACAAGUACAGUCCGUACCAAUAAUUUCUCUAAAAACAGCUGUCAGUAGGUGCGUUCCUAGUGAAAUUUUUUCGAAGAUUCUCCGCUUCUGUCGGCUCGCACAAAAAAAUGUCACACGUUUCGAACUUGCAUACCAUUAUUUUAGCGUUCAAUGAAGUUGGGUGGAAGGAGAAAAAACGAAAAUUGUAAGCAAGGAGCACGUGUGACAAGAAGAAUGUAGCGUGUAGAUGUGAAGAGUUAUGCGGUGAAUGCGUGUCAUGUAUGAACGUUAAAUUGGGUAAGUGCGUAUGCAUGCGUGGGCGUUUGUGAUGCGUUGAUAAUGUGCGAUUCUUUUCGAAUGAAUAUUACGUAGUGUAUUCGAUUUUCUAUUGACUUUUUUACGGUUUUGUAUAUUCAAAAGGUGACAGUGUGUUCCUAAGGGCUCAGAGGAGCACACUAGUCGUUUUUUGCUUUAGGGUAGCCUGUAUAGAAUUUAAAAAGAAAAAGGACGAUAGAGAAGAAAAAGAGUGAAGGAAAAAACAGAGACAAUUUUUUAUUUAUGCCACUUGUAACACGCACGCUCAUGCACACAUCGAGAGAAGUGGCAAAACCAUAUUCAAAGUGAUAAAAUAUAAAGCGAGAGACGCUCCUAUUUACAUUACGAUUGUAUCGUACGUUUAAACUUGUCAAACUUCAUGCGAAGAGGUCGAAGGUGAAGAAACGAAAAAAUAUAGAUCCCGCCGAAAGGUUCCGUUAA